AUGUUUAGAUCUUUAACAAGACCUUGGGUUAAAUUAUCCCUGAAAUCUAACUAUAGAUGCCUUUCAACUGCUAAUAAACUCAAUGCUAGAGUGUUCAACAACACCAUGAGUAAAUUUCAUCACGAUCCCCGUCGUAGUAAGUACAGGAAUAUUACCAUUUCGAUGCUUGUUAUUGGGUAUGUUUGUUCUGGUCUGACCAUUUACAAUGAUAGAAAGGUUAAACCUGAAGAAUUGAAGAACCAAUGCUCCAAUGGUAAAAUCUGGGUUGUUAUCAACGGUAAGGUCUAUGACUUAACCGAUUUCAUUAACAUUCAUCCUGGUGGUCCAGCCAUUAUCAAGAAAUAUGCAGGUAAAGAUGCUUCAUUGUUAUUCAACAAGAUCCACGCUAAAGACACCAUUGAAAAGAUGUUAGAUCCGGAAUGCUAUAUUGGAGAGUUAGACGGUGAAUUACCGGAAGAUGAAGAUGAUCCUUUGGUUAAAGAAGAAAAAAGAUGUGCUGAAAUGAGAGCUAGACGUCCUCCUUUAAUGACUGUGCUUAAUUUAUCUGAUUUUGAAUAUGUUGCUUCUAAAGUAUUACCUGCAAAUGCUUGGGCUUAUUACUCCGGUGGUAGUGACGAUGAAGUUACUAUGCAAAAUAAUGGUUUUGCAUUCUCAAAAUAUUUCUUCAAACCUAAAGUUCUUGUAGAUGUUGAUGAAGUAGAUAUUUCUACUACUUUAUUAGGUACAAAGACUGAUGCUCCAUUUUAUUGUUCUGCUGCUGCUUCUGCCAAGUUGGGUCAUCCUGAUGGGGAAUUAUCCAUUGCUCGUGGACUUUUUGAAGAAAAUAUCAUUCAAAUGAUUUCUUCAGCCGCUUCUUAUCCUUUAGAUGAUAUUGUCAAAGAAACUUCUGCUCCAAAAUGGUACCAAUUAUAUAUUAAACCGGAAAAAUCUGAAACUAUGGAUCUUGUUAAACAUUGUGAAGAUAUUGGUAUCAAGGCCAUUUUUGUUACUGUCGAUACUGCUCUUUUUGGAAGACGUGAAAAAGAUUUGAGAUUCAAAUUAGGUGAUCCUGAUGAAGAUGUGGAAUCUUUAGACAUGGAAGUCAAAUCUGAUUUUAUCUUGAGUUAUGAAAAAUGUGCUAAAUGGGAAGAUAUUCAUUAUUUCAAGAAACAUUGUAAAGUGCCUAUUUUCAUUAAGGGUGUUCAAAGAGUAGAAGAUGUGUUACUUGCGGUUGAGAAUGGUGUUGACGGUGUUGUUUUAUCUAAUCAUGGAGGAAGACAAUUGGAUUUUUCUAGACCUCCAGUUGAUGUCUUGGCUGAAUUAAUGCCUGUUUUAAGAGCUAAGGGUUUGGAUAAGAAAAUCGAUGUUUAUAUCGAUGGUGGAAUUAGAAGAGGUAGUGAUAUUCUUAAAGCUUUAUGUCUUGGAGCCAAAGGUGUUGGUUUAGGGAGAUCGUUCUUAUAUGCCAACUCCGCUUAUGGUGAGAACGGGGUAGUUAAAUGUUGUAGAUUAUUGAAAGAUGAACUCAGAAGAGAUAUGAAACUUUUAGGUGCCAAAUCUUUAGAUGAAUUAAAUCAUGAAAUGAUCCAUCAAUAUCCUUCUGUUUUCAAACCAGAAAACAUGCACGAACCUUUAUACUUACCUCAAUUUGCUGAAGCUGAAGCUUAA